UCCAUUUGAGCCUACUCUUCUUCCUUGCCACAAUGACCAAAAUUCAAGCCAUUCAAACCUCAAUAUCAAAACUCCUAAUCCACCCUUUGCUGUGGAGACUAACAGGCUUUGUCUCAAGCAUAGUUGGAUUCAGCUGUUAUGCCCUCAGUCCCUCUUUCCACAACAUGUUCGGACACUGGAACGCGCUGAAGAUCUUCAUGUACACUGUCGUAAGCUCACUUUUAUCUAUCUUCAUGUUCUUCAUUAAAAGAUGUAGCUGGGGACAUGGGAGGAGUUUCUUGUUGAAAGCACAAGUGGGUUUUGUGGUCUUAACGCUCACCUCUCUGUGGUCUGUUUUCGAAGACCGUAGUGAAGAAGGGAAGGUGGAAAAUGCGCACGGCAAAAUGAUGAACCUCACUUCCAGUGGCGCAUUUGCAUUGAUGGCUAUGAGCUUGUCGCGGCAACUCCAACUUGGAUUCGAAGUUGGUGUGUUUAACUUCUUGGUUGGAUGUUUCUUGGUCACAGUGAUGAAGAUGAGCUUCAAGUUAGCUCCAGUUGCCGCAUUGUUCUGCUAUUUGCUCGUCAACAUUCGUUCCAUUUCUGAUUUCAUACUUGAAAUGCAUGCACGUGGUGCCACACAAGAAGCAGAUGGCAGUAAUACCGGAACUGUCUACAUACGUAGGAGAAGUUCCGAGGAUGGUUUUGACUACUAUGGAUAUGAUACAGAAGAAAUAGAAGAUGGUUUUGACUACUAUGGAUAUGAUACAGAAGAAAUAGAAGACCGCAUGACAGAUGCCAUAUUUGAAAGUUUAAAUUAUGAUACAGAUUACUAUGAUGUAUGAGUAUUUGUUGAAAAUUAUACAGAUAACUUUCAAAAAAACACUUAUUGCGUUUCUUUGCAUAUGAUACAGUGACUUGGAAGAUGCCCUGUAUGUAAGUUUAAAUAUUUAAGGUAGAGAAGUUGUUCGUGUUGGUGGAAGGAUAUGACUUUGUUAAAAAUGCUUAUUGCGUAUCUGAAUGGUAACCACAGUGAGCGUAAUCCCCCCCAUACGUAUAUGGCAUGUGAUCUGGUUUUCUGUCAUCUGGGUUAUUUGGAAGACCAGAAAUUUGAGCUUUUUCAGGGCAGCAACAAGACCUGCAAGAUAUGGUGGAAAAGAUUAUGAUUUUGUCGUGGCAAUGGUUGUCUACAAAAGGUGUCAUUUCAUAUUCAUUAGCUUGUUGGUGGAAAGGUCCUAGAUAGUGUUUAUAUGCGACCUGGGAUGGCAUAAUUGUGGUACGUACUGGUUUUUGUUUAUUGCACAGACGCUCAAUAAGUUUCAAGAUGGGAAGGUAUUCAGCGGUUAUGACUUAUGAGUGUGGUACUGUAUGUUCCGUUAAUAUGCUGCAAUACUUUGUUAUAUUUGGGACUUUUUAAUGUUUUGGAUAGUGUACUGUGGUUGCCGUUAAACAGCAGCUCAACUUUUGUAAGCUUUUUCUUUUUUUCUUGUCUUUGUCACGCUUGUGGCUUUGACAAUGUUUCUCAAAAUGAAUUUUGCUUUUACCUCUUCAAAAAAUAAAAGGUGGAGGACAAAUUUUUCUGUUA